ACUUAUUGUAUAAUUAUGUUUCAGGUGCAAUGAAUCAAGACAUGGACAUGAGGUCGAUAGAUCCACGCAUGGGACCGCGUGUUGGAGACCAAGAUAUGCGCAUCCCUCCCACUGUGCCCCCGAUGCCCCCCGCGCCAGUCAUGCCACCGCAUCGUGACGCUUUUGCUCCUCAAGAUCAAUUACCUCUGGAUAAAAACACACAAGAAAGCACCAUACCUCCUCAGGAAUUUAUGGAGAGCUUUCCCCGGGACCCUCGAGCAUACCAAAGAGACCCCAGAGCAGGAAUGGUGCCUCCUCCUCCGCCUCCGGUUGCAAUGCCGCCGCGCCCAGUCGCCGCCCCCGGCCCUGUGUUGCCACCUCCGCCGCCCCCCGGACCCCAACCUCCUCAACUGUCAUCCGCCAUCAGUGCCGGAGCACGACUCACUGCCGGAAUUCCGUCCGGUGCUACUGACCAGGAGAAGGCUGCUUUGAUAAUGCAGGUAUUGCAACUAUCAGAAGAGCAGAUAGCCAUGCUUCCGCCAGAGCAACGUCAAAGUAUAUUGGUGCUCAAAGAGCAAAUAGCAAAGAGCACACAUCGCUAGAUAGUUUUGUGAAAGAAAUAUUUUUCCCAUAUCCUAUUCUACAGUUGACUUGAUAUUGGAUUUUAUUUGUAACUUAUAAAAUUAAAAACUAAUCCCUUCUUUCAGCUG